CGCGUGUGUGUGUCGAAAGGAUCGAACAAAAAGAGGAGCUUGUGCAUUUUUCGCGUUCGCUAUUAGUUGCGGAAGUGGACGGCAAAUUCAUUUGCUAACUAAUUGAAGUACAAACUACUUCCUCGCCUGCAUUUGGCUCGAGUGAUUGGCAUCUCCGCGUGUGAGUGAACUAACGCAGCGACGGUAUUGAGUGGUCGGGUUCGGUCAGAGCUCUUGCUCGACUCGGUAGAGAUUGAUCGCACUAUCCACAAGCGUGCAGAAUGGGCCUGCUAGAACAAUUGCAGGAACAAGGAUGGUACAUCACGCAACCCGGCUUAGACAAGCUGCUGGAAGGUGAAAAAAAUGGAUCCACUGCGAACGUCGAUGUGAAGCAAGUUGUGAAAUUGGCCUUGAAUACCGAUUUGAAAGAGUAUGGCAGUGGUGCGCUGAGCAGCUUAGCCUCACGGGGUACCAAGUCGGAGACCUUCGAUGGGCAUGGUGUAGUGCAGCUGGUAAAACUGCGCAAUCUGGGUGCACCGAAAGUAAACGAAGAAUCGAAAGUUGCCCCCCGCCUGCUGAAGCUUACGGUCACUGACGGUCAAACGCAGUACGUUGCUCUCGAGCAUGAGCACAUUCCGUCGCUCAGCCUUAACACGCCGCCGGGCACAAAGAUUCUGCUGAAAAAUGGUCCCAUCCGUAUUAUACAGGGUGUGAUGAUGCUGAGCGAAAAGAACGUACAGGUACUCGGGGGACACGUUACGGCGCUGGUGGAAAAAUGGGAGCUAAGCCGCACCAUGGCCAAGUACGCGAAGGGUGGUCGAUUGCAAUUCAGCGCUUCCGGACCACCGCCGUGGAUUCCUUUCGGUCAGAAAAUCCAGCAACCGGUGGCGGCUACCGAUAAAGACUUUAAGAGCCUACAGCCAAAAGAAAAGGAAGAAUCGACCGAAAAUACGGCCUUCAAUGCAUUGCGCAACGAUGCCAUCGCGGAAGCCACGAAGCUAGGUACCAAGAAAACGUUUGGUGGCGGCGCAAAGCAGAUGGUUGACGCGAACGUGCAGAAGAUAAUGGACAAAGGUUUCACAGAAGAUCAAGCAACUCAUGCGCUUAAGCUGACGCGUAACAAUGUCCACCGGGCGCUAAGCAACCUGCAGCGAAUAGAGGACCGCAAACAGGCGCAAUCCGAUUCAACAACCGGCGGUGGUAAAGGGGACGGAGCCAAAACGGGGGGCAAACGAGGUUUCGGCAAGCGGGACGAUGAUGCAGAGAUGCAAGCGAAACCGUCCGGCAAGGUGUCGUUGUUUGAGUAUUUUGGCGAUAUUCUACAGGAUACGGAACCAGCAUCCACCACAGCUGGAACAUCUGGAUCAGGUGGUAAGAAAACAAGCAGCAAAGAAUCGACACCGAACGAAAAGGAACAAAAUCGUGCGCGAAGCAAUAGUGCUGGCAGGCAAACGGGUAACAAUCGUCACCCGCCAUCGAAGAAUCAACCGUCGGGUGGUGCAAACCGUUCCCAUGGUGAUAAUGCCAGCAACCAUAAUUCCACCGCUGGGAUGGUUAAUGGUGGGAGUGGGAAAAAUUACAACCAACGUUUUGAAAACAAUAUCUCGAGUAGUUUUGCCAAUCGCAACACGACCACCUCCUCUUCCGGUCGUGGUGGAGAACGAGCACGCAACGAUCAGCACAGCAACCAGCAAGGACAGGGACAGUAUUCGAGCCAGUCGCGUGAGACACAGCGUGAUCAGCAGUCUAGUUACAAGCAGUCCGACUAUUACGGUUCGUCGGGCAACAGCCGUUACCGAGGAACCAAUACCAAUGAUAAUCAUUCCUCCAGUUCGUCCAACAACCCGUCCGCCGGCACCGGUGCACGGGGUGGAAAUUCGCGCGGCGGUGACUCGAAGUUCAAUCAGCAACAUCAAACUUCCGGUUACAGUCACAGUUCGCAGCAGCAGCGCCAGGACGGUUACAACAACAACAGCAGUAACAGUAAUGCAACUGGCGGUGGAAAAUACAAUGGUAAAGGGCAGUCAAACAAUAAUGCCAGCGGUUACGGCAGUAAUAGCUACGGUUCGGAAGGACGAAACCAUCAGCAGCAAUCAUCUCAGUACGGGCAUGGUUCAGCUUCGCAUGAAAGUCGCCCGGCAGGCGGUGGUGGUAGCGGUAAAUCCGGCUCUGGACCACAAAGUCAUGCCCCAUCGCAACAACAAUCAUCCUACGGAAAUACAUCCAAGCAGUCCGGGUAUCACAAUCAGCACCAGGGGUCUGGCUCGUCGUAUAACAGCAAUGCCGCGAACGGUAACAACGUUCAUAAUCAAUACAAUCAGCAAGCCGGUGGUGGUAACCAUGGCAACAAUUAUGGCGGUGGCGCUACUAACGGAUCCAAGAACUCAAACAAAAGUGGCCGCUAUGGAGGAAAAGAAGAAUCUCAUAAAUACGCAGGAGUUAAUACGCCGCAGAGCACCACAAAUACCACGCAGCAAUCCAAAAAAGGACCUGCAAAGGCUCACGGAUCGCAGCAGCACCCGAAUGCUGGGCAGAGUAAUGCAUCCGAUCAACAUUCGUCCUACGGUUCGGCCGGUGGCACCAAGCAUGGAGCUCCGAACACGAAUGCAAACAGCAAGAUGAAUCAAGUGACGGAACAGAUGGGAGGUAUGCAAAUUUCCGGCAGCAAGACAUCGGGCUACAAUGCUACCAACAGUAACAACAGCACUUCGAAUGCGCCGGUUCCAUCGUCCACAGCCUCUGCCGCUAACAAGCCCGGUUCGAUGAAACAGUCGAACGCAAACAAUCACACUGCGCAGGUCGUACAGUCACAGGCACCGCAAGUAGCUUCACCACCCGGAAUAGCGCUCCCGACGGCUGUAACCAAUGCACCUCCAGUCGGACCCGGCGGUCCAUCUCCUGGCGCGCCUGUAACGCCCUCGCCGGGCGUCGGUGUAAGUGCCGGUGGGCCACCGAGCGUACCGAAAAAUUUCAUCCAGCUUCCUAACGGCUACAAUUACAAUCCAUACCAGAUCAUGGGUUUCCAGAAUAAGCAAACGAAUGAGUUUGCUCUGAAUGUUCUCAAGAGCCAGCAACAGUUUGAUCCGAUGCAGCAGCAACAGCAUCUGGGGACACCCGGUCCGGUACCAGCUACUGUGUCGCCGGUCGGACCUAAUGUUGUUCCGCUGGCAGCGAAUGUAACGCCAACCGGUGUACUGGCACAACCGCCACCACCACCAGCCGCCGUACUCGCAACUGCACCCAGUCCUGUAUCAGUUCCGCCGCACGGUACACUUGCCCCGGCCAACAUGUCUAUGGCACCAGCUAUGGCCCCGCCAAACCCUACGAUAUCGGCGGUAUAUCCCAACUGGAAGAUUGGCGAUCGAUGUUUGGCAAAAUAUUGGGAAGAUGGAGGGCUCUAUACGGCUGAAAUUACUGACACUUCGAAGAACACAUUCGUUGUGCACUUUCUCGAAUACGGCAACUAUGAGGAGGUGCUGAAGACGGAUUGUAUUCCCAUCCCGCAGACAGCCACUCCUGCAGCACCCGCUCCGAUGGCAAUCGGCUAUCAUCCCGCUCCCACCACACCCCAUAUGCCGCCACCGCAUCCGGCAGCAGCACCCGUACCGUUUGCACCCCAUCCAGGCCAUCCUCAUCUUCCGCACCAGCAUCACCACGGACACGUACCACCCCAUCAUGCACCGCCCAUGGCGGCUGCACCCGGAGCGUACCAAGCUCCAAUGCAAGAUGUUACGCACGGUACCCAACACACUCACUAUGCACCGUUUAAACCGGGCUCAAUGGCCCCGGUCGCUGCACCGAUCCCUACCCAGCCGGGGCAGGGCCAGCUUCCACCAGCGAUGAAUCAGUAUCAGCCAACGCAACAUCACCUUCAUCAGCAGCAGCAACAGCAGCAUCAUCUCUCCCAGCAGCAGCAGCAGCAGGGUGGUCAUAUGCCGCAACACCAUCACCAGUCACAGAUGCCACUGCACGGUCAACAGCGGCCCGGUGGAAAAUUUCGUGAACAGCGACCCAUGUACGUGCCACCGGCGCAACGUAAAUAAGUAGCGGGACGCUUGUAAGGUCCAACAUCCGUUCAGGCCUUGAACUCUUCUGCACACCAGCCGGCUGCAGUAAGUAGUUUAGUACCGCUUCCUGUAACACGCAAAGCAAAUGAACGCUUUCGAAUGAAGUUGGCCCAAUUAACUAACAAUGUUUAAAACACAUUCUCUUUAGAGCGCAGGUUGUUUCGCCACUGCCAUUGCUAGUUCAACAGCAUUAUGGAUCGUUUUCAACCUAUUCUUUGUGUUUUGCAUGUGGAUGAAGUAAGAUCACACGUCGUUCAUUACAUACCGAGUACACUGGAGUUUCUCUGUCUGUAGCUGCACAGAUUUUAUAUGUGGUAGAAUUGUCUGUUCCUUCUUAAUCGCGACUUGCAGGAAGUCACCCCUCUGUGCAAAGGUACUAAAUAUAAACACUUUGCGAUAAUGUUUCCACCUGUUUUGUUGUGGCAUUGUAUUACGUUUUAAAAGUAUUCAACUACCAAACGUGCACGCAACUGAUCUUGGUAUUCUCUUGUUUUCACCAACGCUGCAUCAUCGUUACGGAUGAUGGAUUAGGAAUAGCUGUCCGGGAAAUUUAAAUUAGGUCCGAAAUUAGUCAGAAGAAGUCGCCAUUUUCAAUGUUAAAUACAACAUAUUGGAAUCCACACCGGGAAAGAAUCGAUUCCAUAUGUACCCAAUACCGUUUCGCUGAUCCUUAGCGUAUUACUACUGUCGUACUUUUUUAUGGUCUCUUAAAAUCAAUAUUUGAUACAAUCAAGCAGAAACACAUUGGAAAAAGAAAUAACUAAAGCAAUGCGUUGCAUUGUGUGGAUAGAAUUCACUU